AUGUAUUCCCACCGCGGCAUGGGGGCCGUUCCCCCCAGCGGCUCAUCUCGUCUCAACGAGCUUCUCGAUCAGAUUCGUGCUGAAUUUGAUACCCAAAUGCGCCAGAGUGAAGGCUUUGAGCAUCAGAUCUCUGCUCAGGUUAGCGAAAUGCAGCUCGUUCGAGAAAAGGUCUACGGCAUGGAGCAGACGCACAUGACUCUGAAGCAAAAGUAUGAGGAAGAAAUCGCCAUGCUCCGUCACCAACUCGAGGCUGCUCGUAAGGGCGGCCCUGCUCCUGGUAUGCCCGGUCCUCCCCAGCACGCCGGCCCUUCUCAACCACCCUCUAUCACUCCCAACAACGGUCUCUUCAGCGGUAUCAUGGCCGGUGGUAACCAGCAAGGUCUAGCUCCUCCUCAGCAGCAUGGGCCUCCUCAGGAACAGAUGGGCCCUCAGCACCAGAUGGGUCAAGGGCCUCCUGGUCUUCCCGGCCCUCCUCACCCUAACGCGCAGCCUCCCUACCAGCAGGGUUAUCCUCAAGGCCCUCCGGCCCCAAACGGCAUUGGUCCUCAGCCCCCUCAGGCCACCGCUUCCCCAGGUCCUAGGGGAGGUCGUGGCGUUGGCCGACCUCCCAACGCUGUUGGCCCUGCCACCCCGCAGAUCAACACCCCGGCACCGUAUCCUGCUAAUGCUUCGCCGCAAGUCAGCCACCCUACGCCCGACCACCGUCUCGGUCCGCGCCCUCCUCCCGUGGGAAACUCCCUUGGUGACCUCGAGGUCGACACUGUUGCUCCUCACAACAAAAAGACUGGUAACGACUGGUACGCCAUCUUCAACCCUCAGGUUCAGCGCGUUCUCGACGUCGACUUGGUCCAUUCUCUCACCCAUGAGAGUGUCGUUUGCUGUGUGAGAUUCAGCCACGAUGGCAAGUACGUUGCCACUGGCUGCAAUCGCUCUGCGCAGAUCUUCGAUGUGCAGACUGGUGAGAAGAUUCUCACCCUGGAGGAUCAUGGUGCCCAGGACAUGACUGCCGAUCUCUACAUUCGUAGCGUCUGCUUUAGUCCCGAUGGCCGUUAUCUUGCUACCGGUGCAGAGGAUAAACUGAUUCGAGUCUGGGAUAUUCAAUCUCGCUCUAUUCGCAACCACUUCUCGGGCCACGAGCAAGACAUUUACUCGCUCGACUUUGCCCGCGACGGCCGCACCAUCGCAUCUGGCUCUGGCGAUCGCACUGUUCGACUCUGGGAUAUUGAGUCUGGCACCAACACUCUGACCCUCACUAUUGAGGAUGGCGUCACGACUGUUGCCAUUUCUCCCGACACCCAGUAUGUUGCCGCUGGCUCGCUCGACAAGAGCGUCCGCGUCUGGGAUAUUCACUCCGGCUUUCUGGUGGAGCGCCUUGAGGGUCCCGAUGGACAUAAGGAUUCCGUCUACUCCGUGGCCUUUUCCCCUAACGGCAAGGACCUCGUGUCUGGCUCCUUGGACCGCACCAUCAAGAUGUGGGAGCUCACCGGUCCUCGUGGCGGCCCCAAUUCCCAGCCCAAGGGAGGCAAGUGCGUCAAGACCUUUGAGGGCCACCGCGACUUCGUCCUCUCCGUGGCCCUCACACCCGACGCCAAUUGGGUGCUCUCGGGUUCCAAAGACCGCGGCGUGCAGUUCUGGGAUCCCCGCACGGGCACGACACAGCUCAUGCUCCAGGGCCACAAGAAUUCGGUCAUCUCUGUGGCGCCCAGUCCCCAGGGUGGCUACUUUGCCACUGGUUCUGGCGAUAUGAAGGCUCGCAUUUGGUCGUACCGUCCUUAUUAA